AUGGAGAACAGCCCUGACAGCCCACAGCCUCUGGAACUUGGGGUGGCGGCCGGGCGAGUGUCGCCGCCGGAAGGGCGACGGCGCGGCGGGCGCGAGGCUGAGGACGGUCCCGCUGGACGCGCGGUGGACAGCGGCGGGCAGGGGGCGGCGGCAGCGCAGAACAGCCUCGGGGACCCGACGUUCCCUUCGCAGCAAGGAUGCAGCGCGGGUUCGGACUUGAAGGACAGCGCGUCGUCGAGCCCUGCCGCCCUGGAGGCGCCUUCAAGAGGGCAGCACAAGGUGACCGCCUCCUCGGAGCUGGCCGAGGCCGCGGCGGGCGGAGGGUCGGGGCCAGUGGGCGACACUGGCACCUGCAGGGUGGAGCAGGCGGCGGAGGAGCCCAGCAGCAUCGGCGCCCUGAGCAGCAGCUGCAGCGAGCCGAGCCCCCCAGGGGACUCGCCUAGCUUGGACUCCCUGGAGUCUUUCUCCAACCUGCAUUCUUUCCCCAGUAGCUCUGAGUUCAAUAGUGAGGAGGGAGCAGAGGCGAGGGUCCCUGAGGACGUGGAGGAGGGCGCGGCAGGGCCGCCCAGGGUUGCACCUCUGUGCAAAGAGGAGGAGGAGGACCCGGCUCAGGUGCUGACAGCCUCCAAAGAACGCUUUCCCGGACAGUCAGUGUAUCACAUCAAAUGGAUCCAGUGGAAACAGGAGAACACGCCCAUCAUCACCCAGAAUGAGAAUGGACCCUGCCCUUUGCUGGCCAUCCUCAAUGUUUUGCUUCUCGCCUGGAAGGUGAAACUUCCACCAAUGAUGGAAAUCAUAACUGCGGAGCAGCUGAUGGAAUAUUUAGGUGAUUACAUGCUUGAGGCAAAGCCAAAAGAAAUCUCAGAAACUCAACGUGUAAAUUAUGAACAGAAUAUGAGCGAUGCUAUGGCAAUCUUGCACAAACUGCAGACAGGCCUGGACGUGAACGUCAGGUUCACUGGGGUACGAGUUUUCGAGUACACACCAGAGUGCAUAGUCUUUGAUCUUCUAGAUAUUCCUUUGUAUCAUGGGUGGUUAGUGGACCCUCAGAUUGAUGACAUUGUAAAAGCUGUUGGCAACUGCAGCUACAACCAGCUGGUCGAGAAGAUCAUCUCCUGUAAGCAAUCAGACAACAGCCAGUUGGUUAGUGAAGGCUUUGUAGCUGAGCAGUUUCUAAACAAUACAGCCACUCAACUGACGUACCAUGGAUUAUGUGAACUGACUUCAACGGUUCAGGAAGGAGAACUCUGUGUGUUCUUUCGGAAUAAUCAUUUUAGCACCAUGACAAAAUACAAGGGUCAACUGUAUUUGUUGGUAACAGACCAGGGGUUUCUUACUGAAGAAAAAAUUGUCUGGGAAAGCCUCCACAAUGUAGAUGGUGAUGGAAACUUCUGUGACUCAGAAUUCCACCUUCGGCCUCCUUCAGAUCCUGAGACUGUAUACAAAGGUCAACAAGACCAAAUAGAUCAGGACUACCUUAUGGCACUGUCACUGCAACAAGAACAGCAGAGCCAAGAAAUCAACUGGGAGCAAAUCCCAGAAGGAAUAAGUGACUUAGAGCUGGCAAAGAAACUCCAGGAAGAGGAAGACCGUCGGGCCUCUCAGUACUACCAGGAGCAGGAGCAGGCUCAGGCUGCUGUGGCUGCCACCACCCCUUCCACACAGACCCAGCAGGGCCAGCCAGCACAAGCCUCUCCAUCAAGUAUAAAACAACCUGGGAAUAGUGAACGGAAACGCAAGGAACCUCGGGAAAAAGACAAAGAGAAAGAAAAGGAAAAAAAUAGCUGCGUGAUUUUGUAGGGAUUGCUGGCGUCUGUGGGAACCACCUAUGCAGAUGACGGAAAGGAAGACCCAGUACCUACCGUCUGUGCCUGAUCUCCCAAUGUAUUUUGCUCAUGUUUUCCAGGGGAAGGUUGUUACUUUGUUACAAUCAACUUCUUUAAGUUAUACAGUACACUCUUUAAGAGCUGGAGUUUUAUGUUACAAGUUGGAACUGUUGUGUAUUGUCACUCAUAGCCAAAUGAGUAUAUCACUCCUAUUUUGGGUCUAGUGACAUUGCAACUCCAAUCAGUUAGUAAGCUACUGUGUCCUGUGUGACAAUGGAUGGAGGUCACUGAAUGAGUUUGAUCCUUCUCAAGAUGUAAUUAUUAGCACAACUAUUUCUGAAACUUUCCAUUGUUAAAUUAUGUUCUAAUCCAUGAGAAACGAAGAGUUUACUAUAGGGGAGGGGAAAGCAGGAAUAAUGACCUUUCAUUGUACAUUGAACUGGCUCAGCCCUUGAACAGCUUUACCUUUCUUUAGUAAUGUACAUUUUAGCUAUUACCUUGAGAACUGAUAAUGGAGAUUGGAUCCAAUUUAGAUAGAAUAUUUUUUAUUUUCCAGUAGAAAAAAAAAAUACAUGACACUAAUACUUAUAACCUAUCCAGAUGAGAUACUGACUUUGUAGUGCUGUGAGAGGUUGGGGAAUCUCCACACCUCAGAGUCUGCGUGGCGGCUUCUGUUUGAUAAGGAUGUAAUACACGAGUGAGGAGAAGGCCACACUCAGGCUCAGCCGUGUAAAUACGAGGACAGAGGAGAGCAGCGUUCACUGUCUACCGUUUUCUAGAAUUACCUUGAACCUUACAUUUUAAAUCAUGUUUAUUGCUAGAAAAUUAAGCAUAGUUAUUUAAACCAAUAAAAAAGCACAUUUCUGAAGGAGAGUUAAUCUCUUGACUCUAAUGAAAAGAUAUUAAUAAAAUUCUAAAUAUAGGUAGGAGUCUGAAGGAAUCUAUGUAAAAGCAAUCAGAUUUUUUAACUUAUGAGAACCAAAUAAACCUAAGACAUCUUACAUUAUUUAUAGGAUUCUGAAAGAAUAUUUACUCAGCUUUGUGAUGAGGCAGCACAUAUUGUAUUUCUAGAUACAAUUUGGAAAACUAUCCUUAACAUGCUUUUUUAUAUACUUUGUAUUUAGAGUUUGUUUCGGUCAUUUUUGAAGAUUAUUACCAGUGCAGGUAGCUGUGUGAUUUAUCCUAAACCUCAGUAAAUUUUAUUCAGGAGCAUCACAGAUUGAACAUCCAGUUAGAGAAUGUUUCUUGUGGUCUAGAGGGAAUAAAAGAAAACAGUCUCGAGUUUAAGCCUGUUGUCAUUGAUGCUUUCCAUGAUCCCAGACAAGCUGUAGGCUGAAUAGAUAUCUGAAAAGUAGAAUUUAUUUAUGAAAAGCAUUGUUCUAAAAGGAAAAACCCUUCAGGGCCAAGCUGUAUCCUUUCUAUUUUUCUGUAUUACAUGUCUACUUCUGUCCUUUGUUGUUUCCUCAGCUUUUCUAUACUAGCAUGGGGACUUAUCAGAGAACCUGCCUGAGGUAUGAAAUUUGUGUAUAAAAUACCUGGUAAGUCUCUUGAUUCCAACCUAGAGUGAGUACAAAUUAUCAGAGAUCUGACCCCUUUGUGUGCACUGAGCUCAGCAUAAACACCCAUAAUCAUGCUCUGCUGAUUGGAGGAGAAAGCGCAAACCUCAGAGUUUGCUUUCCCCAGAACUGUCUAAUAUUUUAAUUUAGAGUUUAUUGUUUAAUAAACCUUGAAUAAUCUUUAAAAGUAUGCUUGAGGCAUAUUUUUCCAUAAUUAUAUUACAGUAUCUAGUCAUUGCCCUUGAAGAAUCUAUAUAUAAAAGUUAUGUUAUUUUUUACUAUCUUAUUUUUUCCAAAGAUAAUACUGCCAAUACUGUGUUCCCUUUAGAAGAAGGAAAAAAGAAAAGAACAAAACAAAAUAAACACACACAACUCACUGAAAACAUCAGCAGUGCUGUCAGAGGAAUCAAUGUGUACUUAAAAUCAGCAAAGCACUGUGUUUGUUAAUCCAACCUGUUCUUAUGUGAGGUUUCCAAGUUGGGCUUGCCUACAUUCCUGGAAUUCAGUUUGAUAUUGUAAGAGUCAUAUCAAACUUAUUAUGAUAAGAUGUUUGUUUUGAUUACUGUGGGAGAGGUUAAAUGUUUGACUCUAUUAAAACAAAGUUCUGAGAUAUGCUUUCCUGUCCUUGAAGGCUUGUCAAGGUUCUGAACUGCCAUGUAUUUAUUUCCUAUGUCUUGCACAAGGUAGCAAGUGAUAUUCAGGCAUAUUAGUGCUUAUUUAGGUAAAUAGGACUUUGAAAAUGGUAUUUUGAGGGAUUUUUUCCCUUACAAUACUUAGUAAUACUUGACAUUGUUUUACACACACACACACACACACACACACACACAUUGCUAACAGAUGUUACAAUGUAAACAUUUUGGAACUUAAUGAUUGUAAGCUUAAUUUCCAGCACAUUUGACUCAUGUGCCAGUGCAGCAGGAGAGCUGAAGGCAGUGGAGGAGUAUAGUCCCUGGCACUCUCUCUUACUUUCAGAGCAUACUCUUAAGGUUAGAGACAAGUCUGUAUUAAAUGUGCACUUCUUUAUGAAUAACCCUGUUGUGUCAACAGUGCUGUGACCUGUACGAGUUUAUCAGUACCUAGAAUUAUGUGUAUGUUUCUGAAGUAAAUUUCCAUGACUUCUGUUUAGGUCUCAAAGCAAUCUGAAAACUAUCAGAUUUAAAGGUUAUGAAUAUUUAAAAAUAUUCAUAUAUACCUACCUGCACUAGGAGUAUCACCAAGUAGUACAGCAUUUGCCUGCAGUACACAAGGCCCUGGGUUCAAUUCCUAGCAGGUGUAUGUAGACACACUGGCAGCUAAUCACGGCAUCAGCCUUAUGUCCAGUCAGUCUGGAUGGGUAGAAUAACUUCCUCCAUGUUUCAGGGUCAGGUUAGGAUCUGAGCAAGUCAGGUUUAAAUCUACAUACAUACAUUUGUUCUUCUUGCCGCCCUUUUCUGUAGGUUGACAGUUUACUACAUACUAUGGUUUGAAUUCUUUCUUAUGCUCCUUGAUCUUGUUACCUAAGCAAGUUAAUGUCAGGUGUUAGUUGACCAAACUCAGUGUUAGCCAUUCUGUCCUUUCACAAAAGCUUCAUAGCAUUUUGCUUUCCAUAAAUCAUAAACUCACUUCAGUCCUUGAAGCAUAUGUGAGGGAAAAGGAUGACUUGUGAUCACUGUCAUUGUUGGCAUGUGAACGAAUGUUUGUAAAAUCCUAGCAAAUUAAGGCAAGAAUUUCUAGAACUGUCCUCAGUCUUGCUUAAAUUUUUAGACAUUGUCUUGCUAUAUAUAGCCAGGCUGGCUUGGAAUCAAUUGUUGUAGCCCUGGCUACCUUCAAACCCAGAAUCAUCCUGCUUCAGCUUCUCACUGCCACUAUUACAGGCAUAGAUCACCAUACUUGUUGAUAUGUUGAUAUCACCAGCUUGUUGAAACUUCCUUUAGAAGAACAAACAGCAAACUGAUUAUAUGUCGCUUUCUGGUUCAUCGUACAAGUUUUUUAUAUAUGUAUAUGUAUAUUGUUAUUUUUGACAAAAAGCUUACAGGCUUGUACCUAACUCUGUCCUAGACAUAUAAUUUAAAUUGAAAAAUUAAUGUUUGAUAAAGUAAGGCAGAGACAUUGAAAAUAGUCAUUCAUUUAUAUUUUGAUGAAUUAGACAUGUGAAAUUCUGACUCAUUUGGUGUUUGAAACCUGACUUUAUCAGGGCGUGGUGAUACAUACCGGUCAUUCCAUUUGUGGGGCUGAAGCAGGAGGAUUUCAAGUUCAAGGUUACUCUGAGCAAAUAUUAAGACCCUGAUUCCAAAAACAAACCAGACUUUGUCUCGUUUUGGCAAUCAUGUGUGCCUCCGUUUACUCUAUGUGCAGGGUGUUCCUCUUCCCCUACAUCCCCCUAGUGCUUGGUUCUCCUGAGUAAUGCCAUACUUUAGCAUUGAGAAUUACUGUGAGAUCAUCACAGAUACUGCACAUUCUCUGUUCUCGAAUGUGUAGACUUUUUAUGAUGACUUAAAUCAGUUUUUAUUUUUUUAGAAUGUGUAGAAUUCUUUUGAAUGUGGCAUCAUGGCUUUCAAAAAUAUACUUUGCAGUUGCUUCUGUAUUUGGUAGGCUAGUGUCAAGACCAGGAGUAUUUGGGCAUAGAAAAUGCACUUUACAAAUCUGUUUUCCCAGUAUCCUCUACAGAUGUAGCUUUUCGAGCCCUUUGGUCAGUCCCUCCGGGGUAGAGCAGUAUCAGGAAGUGACUUUGCUCUCUCCAUUGCUGUCAGUGUAGACAACGUAUUUGUGGCUUAGUGUAAAAAUGAACUCUGAUCUUGUGCAAGUCAGACCCUUUAGACAGCAAGUAAGAAACCGUGAAGGAUCAUGUGUGAGCCUUAACAGCUGUAGUUCUCUGGUAAGUUAGCAUUCUUUUGUUACCGAUGCCUGACCCUUUUUAAACUGUUAAAGGGAAGAAUUGAGUUUACUUUCUUAGGUAACAGUUUAAAAUAACUUUAAAUUAAAAGCUCCCUAAAGGGAAUAAAUUACAGAGAAGAUAAAAACAGGAGGGAACCUUGCAGGAUGCUGGAAAACUUACUUUAAAAAUCUAUCUAAAAUUUAAUUCAUGCAUGUCUUUACUUAAUUCUGGUGUUUCUGCUCUUAGAAAAUAGAGCUUAACAUUAAAAUAUGCGUUUUUUUUACAUGUAGAAUUCUAGUUUCUAUCUUCUGAAAUCAAAAGAGCUAAACUGAGCAAACAGGGUAAAAAAAAAAUCUUCAACCCUUGCCUCAAAUUCAGUGGUCCUUUGUCCUGACAAAAGCUAGACUUGUCUAAUAAGCUGGUAUUUUUAGGGCAUGAUACCCUCCCAGUAACUACUUAAACUACCAUGGCAGAGAUAGGAAAUCUAAGCUGUGCCCCAUGGUAGUAAAGAACAAAAGCCCCCUUGUCCCAAAAAGUGUCUAUUGUAUCUAGCAUGACUUGUAAAGACCUCCUCAGCUCACAUCAUAAUUUGUUACUAGUCACCUUUUAACUGUUCUGUCCACCUGUGCUGUCACAUCUGGAGGGCAAGGCAGCCCUGUAAGUAAAGGUCGCACAGAGCAGAGCCCCUUGGUAGGCAGCACUCACUCCUUUGCCUCUAGUAGUCACUUUACAUCUCUAUGUGGAAAGUCAGGAAGCUCAAGUGCCCACAAGAAAUCAACACUGAUGACACCCUAACAGAAACACCCUAGGAAGCAGCUCCAACUCAUGCAGAGUUUUAAAACAGACUGGUGUUUAAUCUUUGAAAAUGAUGUCUGGUUUGUCAGAAUGUUUGCUGCUGUUCUUUCCCACCCAUUCUUUGUAUGACAUAACCACUGUGACGGGGUGCAGUGUCUUUUCACUUCCCAGGAUUUUUCUAGUAGUUUUUGUUAAGACUUAUUUUCCUCAAUAAAAUGACAGCUGUCAUCACAGAUCCACAUAAGACCAGACAACAGAAGAGUGCUGUGUGACUGCAGAAUGGUGGGAGGGAUAAUCUGCGGGCAGCUCAUCUCCUGAUGCCAGCACAGUUAUUUGACUCUUAUCCUUGACUUGGGCUGAAUAAUGAGGUUGAAACGUGGACUGGGAGAGCAACAAGCUAUGGAACGCUGACUGACGCUGUCAUUUUGAACAGUUGUAAGCAAAACAGGUUAUCUUCCCCCACUUUACUGACACAUGGAGCUGUGUGCUAUCUGAAAUGGACUCUUAGAAUUGACCAUGGGGACUGAGCGCCUCUACUCAUGUUUCCUGCCUGUCCUAGCACUCUUUCUACAUCUAAGAAUUCAUUCUUUUGCUUUAAAUGCAAGUGAAGAGUGGUGAGUAAUGGAUGGAUGACAUAGAAGCAGUAGAAUAUGCUCUUUGGAAAAAGACACCUAACAUGCACCUACCCCUCGCAGGGCCCAAAUGAUUUCUGUGAAAUAAAUGUUAAUUAUACUAAGAGCACCUCUAAAAAUCAUGUCUUAAAUUUCAAGUUUCACUUUUGGAAACUACUCCUGAAGAGACACUGAAUAUAGGUGGGAAAGUAUAAAAUGUUUCUGACAUAAUGGUUCAGUAUUACUCAGUGUUUAAUCUCAAAUUUGUUGUAACACAAGUGUAGUGUCAUCGUUGGAUUAAAACGUUGGAUGUUUUUGUUAUAUACUUAAAACUGUAACCAGUGAAUAACACCGUAGUAUUUUUUAUUAUAGAUUAUAUUUUAUUUCAAUAAACUUUGAUAUUUAGACUGAA